AUGAAGCUUAUUCUUACUCUACUCGUAUCGGGCCUCUGUGCCCUGGCUGCCCCUGCGGCUAAGCGUGAUGGCGUCGAGGAUUACGCUAUCGGCAUUGAUAAGCGUAACUCGGUUGAAGACUACGCUAUUGGCAUCGACAAGCGCAAUUCUGUCGAGGACUACGCUAUCGGAAUUGACAAGCGUAACUCAGUUGAAGACUACGCUAUUGGUAUCGACAAGCGGAACACGGUUGAGGAUUAUGCUAUUGGCAUCGACAAGCGUAACUCAGUUGAGGACUACGCUAUCGGAAUUGAUAAGCGGAACACGGUUGAGGAUUAUGCUAUUGGCAUUGACAAGCGUAACUCCGUUGAGGACUACGCGAUUGGUAUUGAUAAGCGCAACUCCGUUGAAGAUUAUGCUAUUGGCAUUGAUAAGCGUGGUGGCUCAGUUGAAGACUACGCUAUCGGCAUCGACAAGCGCAAUUCUGUGGAAGACUACGCAAUUGGUAUCGACAAGCGCAACUCUGUUGAGGACUACGCCAUUGGUAUUGACAAGCGUGGCUCAGUUGAAGACUACGCUAUCGGCAUUGAUAAGAAGCGCGGUACUGUUGAAGACUACGCUAUUGGCAUCGACAAGCGUGGAGGAUCAGUUGAGGAUUAUGCCAUUGGUAUCGACAAGCGCCAUGGAGGGCAUUAA